UGAUGAUUGGGGAAGGAAGGGCGUGCUUGGGCGAGAGGGAAAGCAGUGUAUAUAAGGCGGCACUUGUCGAGGGAAGGCACUACUACCCGUCACCAUGGCGUUCCUGGUACUGCUUUUGGCGCUUGUAGCUGCUACGUCAGCCGCCCCUCAGGGUUAUAACUUGGGAACGCCUUCUGGUCCGUCCUUUAACAUUGGAAGCUGCGGCCCAGGACAGGUGCGACACGUGGAUGGCAGAUGCGUUACUCCUCGCGAGAAUCGCCGUGUGUUCCUGUACGAAGUCCCACAUAAUAUUGCCCCGGCUGGACCGCCACCCUUCAUCCCCGAACCCACACUAGAGACAAAUAUCUUGUUCAUCCGAACUCCAGAAGGAGGACUAGGACCAGAACCCAUCGUCGUACCUCCACCACAGCAGAGACACGUCGUGUACGUUCUCAACAAGCAGUCACAACAAGACCAGAGAGUGAUCGAGGUUCCAGCAGGACCAGCCAGCAACCCCGAAGUUUACUUCGUGAACUACGCUGAAGGCGAGAAUCCAACCCUUCCCAGCGGCGUUGAUCUGCAGACAGCCUUGAGCGCGGCUUCUCAGGGCGGUGGACAAGUGAUCGGAGGAAGCGGAUCUGGAGGUAGCGGCGGUUUUGGAGGAAGCGGCGGUUUCGGAGGCAGCGGCGGUUUCGGAGGUAGCGGCGGUUUCGGAGGUAGCGGCGGUUUCGGAGGCAGCGGCGGUAUCGGAGGAAGCUCUGGUGGCAUCAUUUCAACUCCCUCAAACCUGUACAGUACACCCAGGUAAAUAACCCACAGAGACUCUUUUGUUACCAUUAAUACCUCUAGUUACUUGCAGUCAUAAACACCAUCGGUCUGUUUCCUUUAACUGUUCUAGCAAACACUCGCGUAUAUGCCUGCGAAUGAUCAGACUGUACUAAUAAUGUAAAAAUAUAACUGUUUUGUUAAUAAAUAUACUAUCUAC